GAAGCACAACUACAACAACAACAGCAGCAGCAGCAACAAACAACAAAUACUACAACAAUAAAUAAAUUGCAAGCAAAAUGUAAAGAACAAAACUCUCUAAACAAUCAUUUUAGCCAUAAUUUAGCAACAACUGCAACAGCAACAAAUAAAACAAUUAGUAGUAAUAAUGGUGGUUUAAUAAUAAAAGAUUUUAACAAUCAACAACAGCAACAAAAACAACAACAACCAAUAUUUUAUAAUAAUAAAAUCAAUAAAACUAAAAGACUUAGUGUGUUAAGUACAACAAUGCCUAAACAAUAUACAUUACAACAACAGCAACACUAUCUAGCAAAUAAACAACAACAGCAGCAACAACAGCAACAAGCCCCCUAUUUAACACAACAAUAUUGUCAGCAACAGGCGUUAAUAUUAAGAAGAUCUCCUAAGCCCCAUUACAGUUUAACAUUAAACAACAAAUACGCUUUUGCACCCACAACACCCACCAACACAACAUCCUCAAGCACAACAUCAUCAACAACAACAACAACAUCUGUAAUAACACGCAACAGUUUAUCGCAUAAAGACUUAAACACUUAUGAAUUCUCUCAUUUAAAAGAAGACUGUGAUCUUGAUCAUAAUGAUGAUUAUUAUUUACCAUCAUCUAUGGAAAUUUUGGGUAUACAAAAAUCAUUGCAACAUGUUGAACAUGAUAAUGAUGUUGCAAAUUUAAAUGUUAAUAAAAUGGAAUGUAAAGAUAAUGGUGUUAAAGAUAAUAAUGUUGUUGCGGAUGGUAAAGUAAACGAGGAUGAGCACAAGGAUGAGAUUGAUGAUGAUGAUGAUAGUGAUAAUGUCGAGCUUGAAGUUGAACUAGAUAAUAAUGAAAGUGUUAAAAGGCUAAGUGCUAAUUUGAAUGAUUUAGAAAUUACAAAAAAUGCUACAAAUAAUUUAUUAAAACAACAACAACAACAACAUCAUCAACAACAACAAGAAACAAAUAGGCUGUGGUAUCAUUGAUGGAAACCAAUGGAUUUGAGCGCUUUAAACUCUGCAAUAAAUGUUUAAAAAAAACCAACAGGACUGGACAAAAACUUGGACAGAAAUGUACUCCUGUCCUUCCCCGUCUUUAAGUAAACUUUAACAAGAAACCUGAAGAAACAGAAAUAAGUUUUUCAAAAUGAAAAGAAAGAAAAGGCUUCAGUAAAGGAAAAGGAGUUUUGGAACAACAAAAAAAGAUGGUAAAUCAUAGAAAAAAUUACAAAGAAUAAAAGAAAACAGAAUUUACAAAAAAAAAGAAAACAACAACAACAACAAAAUUAACUAGAACACCGUAUGCUUUACCUUAAAAAAAAAACAAAAGAAACUAAAAUAUUACACAAACAUUUACACACACACAAACACAUAAUAUUAUAGGCUUCUUAAACUUAAGCAUACAGCCCCCAACCCCCUCCGCCUCCUUUAGAACCUUUUUUACAGACUACACUGUAAGAAAAGAUAAUUUAAGCAAAAAAAAAAAGAAAACUUUUUUUAUAACAAAGAAAAAUGUAGUAAAACAAGGCACCUAUAAUUUUUAUAAAAUGAAACAAAAAACUAAGUAGAACUAUUUAUGAAAAAAAGUACUAAAAAAUAGAAAAUUUGCCAACGAAAAAAUAACACACACAAACUAAAAGAAAUGAAAACAAAAACAA